GGAGCUUUGGAAAAGGCGCACACGUGGGUGACGUUCAGACCAACCAUCGCCUGAGACCCUUUUGUGUAGCCUCCAAACAUAAGCACCUUCUCGACUCUCUCCCGGCGCAGUGUUUACUGAACCCAGAUUCAGGCAAAGUCAGAAAGAACCAAGGAGAAUACGCAAUGUCUCGAUCGUUUUAUGUUGAUUCCCUGAUCAUCAAAGACUCUUCAGUGAGACCUGCUCCUGUCUUGAAUGACCACGGCCAAGACUUUCUAAUUCCCAUUAGCGUUCAUUCACCAACAAUGAUGUCCGUUUCUGGUCCCGUCUGUCCGUCUAGAAAGACCGGUACUUUCUGCGUCUGUCCCCUCUGUGUCACAACCCAUAUUCACUCAUCUCGGAGUGGGAUCCCACUCCUGAAAAGCCAGUUCCCAAAUGGAGAUCCUCAAUACUGUCAACGAAUUAACCAACAGUCAAACCCCGGGCUCGGGCAUCCACCUGUUUGCACACCUACCUACAGCGUAGCAGACCCAAGAAGAUAUCACUGUCUUUCCGUAGGCCCUGAAAAUAACAGUCACCUACAAAACGGCAAGCGGAUGAGAACAGCCUUCACAAGUACCCAACUCUUGGAGCUCGAGAGGGAGUUCGCCUCUAACAUGUACCUGUCGAGGCUUCGCAGGAUUGAAAUCGCAACCUACCUGAACCUGUCUGAGAAGCAGGUGAAGAUAUGGUUCCAGAAUCGGCGCGUCAAGCACAAGAAAGAAGGAAAGGGGACCCCACGGAAUGCGCACAGCGUCUGCAAAUGCAACAGCCAAGGUCACUGUUUGCGCUCCGAGGACGAAGAAUCCCUCUCGCCAAUAUCAUCUGGCAAAGAAGACAAAGAUAUGUCACCCGCAUAGUCGCCACGGGCAGAACGGCAACGUCUUAAAGUUUACAUCCUUAUACAGUUUUCAUUUUUUUUCACGCACUUACCAUCUCUCCCCUUUAGCAUUUAAAACCAAUUUCCCUCGUGUAGAGUUGUAUUUGCCAGCUCGCCCUGGCUGCCGGCAUGAAUAGACCCAUUGUAAAGUUGUACUGGGAUGCUCCGCGGUACUGUCCCAUAUUCACUGUUUUCAAUCAGUUCAAGUACUUCAGUACUACCGUUUGUGGUUAACAUGAUCUUGUCUGAAUCGUUCAGGGUUUCUUUUCUCUAUCGUGUUAAGUAAUAUUCACCACUGCCUUUAUAAAUAAAAUUCCCAAGUGUUUUUUGUGAAUAAUGUAUUUUCAAACUCAUCUGACCUUUUGUAAAAUGAUAAAAGCAGACAUCUAUGUACAUGCGCCAGACUGGAAGACAAAUGUAGGUUGUUUGGAGAAAAUAGCUCUAAAUGGCGAGCUAUUCUGUUGGAACACUGCGGCAAAAUGGCACGGUUAAAGUCCAUUCAUUGUGAAUAGUUUUAUAUGACAUUUAUAUUUAUAUUUAUUUAAAAUAAAAUGUUGGGAUCUUUGAAAAAAUGUCGUUUAUUUUUUAGCUAAUGAUGUGACUUGAUGGGCAUAAACAUGUGGAGUAUAAA